AUGGCUUUAGCUUUGUGGCCAGUAGAUGCCUCGUCCAGAAUAAAUAGAGCGCCUAGCUUGCCGCUCAAGGCCAAUGUGGCCAAAAUCAAGGCGCAGCACGCGAUCCGCCUGGACAACGCAAAGACCAUCACGGCCCAGACCGCUGUCAACAACCAGGCUGACCACGCCGAGUCCCCCGGGCUCUCCCGUGGAUACCAAGCCGACGCUACAGAGGGCGUCGGGUAA